AUGGAGAGCAAUGUGCAGCAAACGCCGGAGAGCGGGCGGCCUCCUAAGCGCGUCUCUCAAGCAUGUGAAGCCUGCCGUCGCAAGAAGUCGCGAUGUCCCGGGGAGAAGCCUGCGUGCUCGCUAUGCGCAAGGUUGAAACAGCAUUGUGUAUAUGCGGAUGAUGGCUCUAUACCUGAGGUUAGGUCGGCCGCCAUCGAGCGACGAAUGAAUGCUCGUUUCUCUGAGUUGGAAAAUAGACUUGAGUCUUUGCUGAAAAACAUACCUGGCACGCCACCAACAAUACUGCCACGGACUCCACUCGAGUCUCUCGCCGAGAGCUCGCGAGCAUCCCCUAGAGUGCCGCCCUCGAGGAGGAGAUCAUUAGAGACAUCUGAUGGCACUACCCCUUCUGGCUUACAGAUACCGCAUGAGCCCACUCGUCUUGAGGUAGCAGUGCCCAUCCUCUUGAGGAAAUGGAACUGCCAACCUAUUCCAUUGUUUCAUCCCAAUCUGGAGAAGGACUAUCCAACAAGAGGAUCAGAACUUCAGUUCGCUAUACUUGCAAUGGCGGGUCGCCUCAACGCACGAGGUCAAGAAGUUGAUGAUUGGUGCGAGGCAAAUGCCCACCGUGCGAGAGAACUAGCGCUGGGGAGAGUACUCGCUGGAGAUGUUAGGUUGAGUACGAUACAAGCAUUUGUCUUGUUAUCGUUCUUGGACUUUACAAACGACAAUGGGCAACGAUCACAUCUCUUCCUUGUCAACGCCAUCUCUCUCGCUCAAACUUCUGGCCUUCUCGACCCGCAAGUAGUCAUCAACAACUCUGUCGAACUCGAGGAGAGGCGGCGUUGCUUUUGGAGCAUCGCCAUCAUGGAAAAUAUGUUCAACCUUCAGACUCUGACGUUAGGUGCCAAAAGCAUCACUUACCAUGCUUCCUUCAAACCUGUCAGCCCGAACGCGACAUCCAGAGGAGAGCUCGUGUCGCCAUCUUCGCAGAACAUUGUAGCAGACGGUCCGGUCCCCGGUAUCAUCAUCAACACACUGCCAAUGUUCGACAUCUUCAAGAAGGCUGCCAAGUACGUCACCGACACAAAGAACGGCUUGCUCCCACAUCCGCCAUGGCAGCAGCAAUCAGAUUAUGCCGCAAUCCAAGCAGAGCUUCUAGAGCUGGAGUCCAACUUCUAUCCGGAGUAUCGUUUUGACAGGACAAAGAUGACACAGCAUUCGAAAGAGGCAAUUGAGCAGAACUGGGCCUUCUGGAGCUGUUGGCUGGUCAAUCAAUUCAUGUACCACACGAUUCACAUGCUGCUGAAUCAUCCGUUUCUCAUCUCGCUACGCAUUGCAGCAGCAGGAAGAUGCCCAAGAACCUUCAGUCAGUCGUCAUCUGAUCAAGUAGUGGUACAUUCGAACUGGAUCAUUCGUCUAUUGGACCUACUCGAGGAGAAAGAAGUCAAUGUUUCCGACCCAUUUCUGGCUUACUGCAUCUCUGUCGCCAAUACAGUGUUCAUUCACUACCGCAAUGCAGAAAUACAGAGUUUGCGACAGAACGCAGAAAAGGGGUUGUUCAAGGGUCGUCAAGAACUUGGAGAACUCUCAUCACUGCUGAAGAAUGUUGAACGCAUGAGAAAAGCGCUGGACAGGCUGGAAGCAAUGGAUACAUCACGCCGUUCAACAAGUCCUCAACCCUCAGCCUCGGGUGGUAGUAAACAAGAUCUCCUCUGGGAUAUUCUAAUCUUCCACUCGCCAAGCCGUGCCAUAGCCAUCGGACAAGGACUCUUCAGCAAAGACUUUGCCGCACCCGCCACCGAAGCUGUAACAAGAGACAACACUUCGAUGAUCCGACCAACUCCUUCGACAGUACAGAAUAUCACUCCCGCAGAUGGCUUCCAGAGUUCUAUCGGCCCCUCGUUUGCGAGACCUCUACCUACACCCGCUGCUCCUACUGCUAUGGCCGCAACACCUGGUCAACAACCUACUUUCAUGCCUGGAGUUGCACAAUUUCCUACUCCUGCUGAUCCAAACUACAUGGCUUUUAACGACCAGAAUCUUGCUGCCAUUACUGAGUUCUUGGAUCAAAAUUCUGGUAGAAUGUUCAAUGAAUGGUGGGACUUUGGAGAUCUGUAG